CCACUGCAUGCUUAGAGCAAAAGUAAAGAACGAAAAAGCUGAAGUGGCAGCAGUAGAUGGAUUUAUAGCUUCUGCAAAUUCAUCAGUGUUAAGAUAAAAUGGCUGUGAUUGGGAUUGGGUGCCAGGAGACUGCUCCUACCACCGGGCACCAGAAGGAUUUCUCCAUUAGCAAGCCAGAAGUAGAGCAGCAACUUCCAAAACAGAAAAUGUUCAACAAGCAGGAAGACAAGAAAGUUCCUGAAAUUACACACUACACACCAGAGAGUCUGCAAAUGUUGGCUGAGGUGCUCACCAAAGGAACAGCGCAGGAAGGCACCAAGAAAGAUGUUCCUAAAAUAUCUGUGAUCGCUCAAGCACAAUGUGAAAACAGCCAAGAGUUCAGCCCAACUUGUCCUGAAGGCCCAAUCAUUGCAGGGCACAAAAGCUACAGCAGACCCGAACAGUUUGAACAUAUUCCAAACAAUGUGGCAAGUGCAACUGAGAAGAAGAUUCCUUAUUCCAGCAAGAAGUGUCAGUAUCCAGGGCAGACGAGGAAGAAGCGGAAGAAGUCACCAAAAAACAAGACAAAGCAACAGAGAAAACCGUCAAAAGGAGGAUCCAAAACCCCUGAACAAGAAAGUACCCCACCAAUCCCUGUGCAGGAGGAUGAUUGUGCCCAUAGCAGUUGCUUCCUUAUCAGAUCAAACUUACAUGAUUCAAAAGCUCUCAGCACAAUCAAUGAACUGCCCAAUUUAGUGAACAUUAAAGGACGUUGGGAUUUUAUGCUCACUGAUAAAUCCAGCUGUCACAAGGUGAUUAAUCCAGAUCUCUGCUUAAACCAUGUCAAACCAAACCAUCGUGGUGACUUCUUUCCUCAGCCUGAGACUACCUUUCCAUCUUUCUCCAGAGACCAGCCCCUGUGCAACACAUCGGUGGACAAAUGUGUUAUGGGACAGGAGCAGAUGGAAGACCAGGACUUUGCAUCUUACCAGUUAGAGAAAGACUUGUUCAUGGACAGCGAUUUAGAUGUGAGCAGCUUAGAUGAAAUUCCUGAUGUCCUGGUCAAAAAUCAAUGUGAGAGAGACUCUUUGGAGGAGUGUGAAAUGUUGGCUCUUGGUGGACAUGUGAGCCAUGGAGAAACACGACAACUACAGAGUAUUGUCAAACUCUUUCAGCAACAAGGGCAGCAUUUAAAGGAAGGGUUUCCAGUUUCCAAUGAUAAUGAAGGUGUUCUUCUUAAUGAGAAACUGAAACCUGUCGAUUAUGAAUAUCGAGAGGAGUCUCACUGGGUAAAGAAGCCUGAUCUCUUGGGCUGUGGAUCCUUUGGAGAUGUGUAUGAGGUAGAAGACAAGACAACCCAUUUUUCUUGUGCAGCAAAACAGUUGUCUCUUGCCACAUUCCGUCCAGAAGAACUACAAACUUGGAGCAGUGUGACUUCCUGUCCUCAGAUUGUCCCGUUGUAUGGAACAGUGCGGGAUGGUCGUUCCCUAGUAAUCUUCAUGGAGAAGUUAUCAGGGGGUUCUUUGAACCAUCUUAUCAAGGAACGUGGCUGUCUCCCAGAAGUUGAAGCAUUGCAUUACCAUUUUCAAGUCCUUGAAGCACUAGACUAUCUUCACCAGAACAGAAUCCUUCACGGAGACAUAAAAGCUGACAAUGUUUUGCUGUCUUCUGAUAAAAAGCAAAUCUUUCUGUGUGAUUUCGGACACUCUUGCUUUCUUCCUGUGGAUGGCUCCGAGAAGAAUCCCAUUGCAGAUGGUGACAUUCCUGGGACAGAGACUCACAUGGCACCUGAGGUGGCAAAAGGCUGCAAAUACGGUACAAAAGUGGACAUCUGGAGCAGCUGCUGUAUGAUGCUUCAUAUGCUGAAUGGGUGCCAUCCAUGGACACGGUAUUACAACCAUCCUCUGCAUCUGAAGAUUGCUAUGCAGCCUCCUCCAACAAAUGAGAUUCCCGAUACUUGUCACCCAUGUACUGCUGACGUCAUUAAAGCAGGCCUUCAGAAGGAUCCAGGCAAAAGAGCAUCAGCAUCAAAACUUAAGUCCAUGGUUAAGAAAGCACUAAAGGAAGUUGGUGAUCUCUCAAAGAAGGCAAACAUAACAGCCAUGAUUCAGAAAGGCUGUGUUGUAAAUGGAAGCAAACAAGAAGCUGUAGGAAAAACAAUAUUCAGGCCUGGGAGUCCAGCUGUGGAAGGUGGGCCCCGGGGUUGGUCUCCACCCGAUAUGCAGAAGAGAUCCUGUUUUUCAGAGUUUAACAUGGUGGAUCAUACCACAGAAACCUUAAAGAAGACAGAGUUUGGGAAAUCUUGGAGUUUCUUUAAGGAAGAUGGCAACUUCUUUUCUCUGCAUGGCCGGAUAGGAGAACGGAAGCGAAACAUUUUGGACCAAGAAUUUCAGCAACUGGAAAGAGAGUUCUGUCUGAACAGCCUGUCACAGCCAUAUGCUCCAGAGCUACAAGAGCAGAUGCUUUCCUGUUUGAGCCUUGAGAGCCUCAUCUAUACAGAAAAUAGCCUGAAGGACUCUCUGAAAGGUUCGUAUAGCCAGAGGGAUGAUCUUAGUUCAGGUAUCCACUCAUGGUGCAGCCAGUCAGAUCAGUGCAGCUUCAGCUUCAAUAGCAAAUUUGUACUGGGAAAACCAACAGAACCACAUGGCCACUUUAAUGGCAUUCGAGUAAAGGUGCACUCAUUGGAGGGAGAAUGCCUCAACAUUUGUGAGUUACGUGGGACAAACAUUGGGCGCAUUGCAGUUGGAAUAAGCAGACAGGUCUCUGAGCCUGCCUUUAGUCUUCAGACUGCAAAUGGAGAACACGUGUCUUGUGAAAUGAUGAUUCCCGACUCUGGUAUUGAUUUGCAGUGCAUUUCUGCCCCUGACUACACCCAUGACUGGGCUUGGAGAAUCCGAAAUGGCAAAUUAGAAGUCAGGUCGUAGUAUUCUGUUUCUCGCCAGCACCAUGUGUUGAAUGAUCAGUAUGUCUAAUCAUUCAUGAAGUACAUGGCAAUCACAACCAAAUGGGACUGAUGCCUAUAUAACAUUUGUGCCCCAGCCCAGUCUGACUGUGGAAGUCUGGAGUGACUGGUAACUGGGACUGUUUCAGUUUGUGUCUGAACUUUGGGACGGGAUUUCUGAGCACACUGGUCCUUCUCAUUGACCCAUAUCUACAUACAGACACAACCAACUUCUGAAAAAACAAAAAAAAAACACCACCUUGGAUGAACUUGUUUUCUGUUUGGUAAAUUCAGAAUGAUGUCAGUUUACAGAGCAGCUACUUUAAUAGGAGGGAAUGGUGUAUCUGUUAAUCCUUCUUCAACAAAUUGUGGACCCACUUGGACCCACUUGAAAAUGGCACCAAAAACAUGUGCCAUCAAGUGUCAGGUGCUUAUACAGUUUUGUAGUGCUUACUAUUUCUCAUAAUUAUAAAUUUAUGCUUAAAAUUUUGUUUGAGCAAAAUAUACUAUUACCUUCUCGCCACAGUGCACAGUUUGUUGAGCUAAAACAUGUGAAACACCACCUAUUGUGUGAGAUUUGAGGGAUGUGGGAGGGAGCCUUUUUUAUUCACUAGCAUUUCUUUGUUUCAUAUAAUCCAUCAUAACAAAUGUUAACACUGCACACUGCUUGUAAGUUAAAGUUUCAGGAUCUGAGGCAGUGAUGAUUUAACUGUGACUCACUGUGAUAUUCCCCAUGGCCAGCCCAUGCUAUGGAAUAGACUUCCCAGACAUGUCAAGAGGAGCCUCACUGGCCCUCUUCAAGAGAAAUCUUGAUGAGUGGAUGGGAAAUAGAAAAUUCA